UGAAAAGAGAUUUCCAUCUCUCCAUCUCUUCUCCCUCUUCACCCUGUGUGGGUUAACUUAACAGAUACAUAGCAGUCCACUCCUCUGUCUUCUCUCGUUCUUGGAAAGCUUCAAUCUCAUCCCUUGUUACUUGCUCUUUUUUUGUAGGCAGCUCUUUUUCCCAGCUCUUCCUCCCUGCCACCACUUGCCUCUCUCUUUCCUUCACUUUUUCUUUUUUGACGUGACCAGCGACAGCUUCAGAGCGAUAGCAGGCUGCCUGUCAAAGGAGGAGAGAUAAAGAGAGGGGGAGAGGAAGAGGAGAAGCCUGCUCUUUGAUCAAGUCUGUCAGCCCAAACAACCACAAAUACAGGAAGCAUGUCUACUCCCGUGUCCCCGUCCCCCUCCCUCUCCCCCCUGACCCUGGCCUCCCCCGAGGCCACCCCUGGGGCCUCUCCCCUGCCCUCCCCCCUCACCCCCCCUCCCAGGGUGCCAGUGUUCCAGAGGAAGGGGGCGCUGAAACACAAGAGGAUCAUCGAGGUCAAGGACCACCAGUUCACUGCUCGCUUCUUCAAACAGCCCACCUUCUGCAGCCACUGCACUGACUUCAUCUGGGGAAUUGGAAAGCAGGGAUUUCAAUGUCAAGUGUGCAGUUUCUCUGUCCACAAGCGAUGUCACGAGUAUGUAACCUUCACCUGUCCUGGAGCCCCCACUGCUCCUACAGAAGACUUGAAGAGUAAACACAGAUUUCGACCUCAGACCUACACUUCUCCAACGUUCUGUGAUCACUGUGGUUCUCUGCUCUAUGGCCUUAUCCAACAGGGCAUGAAAUGCUCCUGUUGUGAGAUGAAUGUCCACAAGCGUUGUGAGAGCCUGGUGCCCAGCCUGUGUGGUCAAGAUCAUACAGAGAAGAGAGGCAGGAUCCACCUGACCGUCCGGGGAGAGAACGAGGACAUCUUCAUCACAGUGCGGGAGGCUCGUAACCUGAUCCCCAUGGACCCCAACGGUCUGUCUGACCCCUACGUGAAGCUCAAGCUAAUCCCUGACCCUAAGAGCCAGAGCAAACAGAAGACCAAGACUAUCCGCUCCACACUCAACCCCGUCUGGAACGAGAGCUUCACCUUCUCGGUGCGUGGGCGGCAGUGGGACCGGCGUCUGUCGGUGGAGGUGUGGGAUUGGGAUCGUACGUCUCGGAAUGACUUCAUGGGAUCGCUGUCGUUCGGAGUGAGCGAGAUAUUCCGUCACUCAGUUAGCGGCUGGUUCAAACUGCUGGAUCAGGAUGAGGGAGAGUACUACAACAUGCCUGUCCCUGACGAAAAUGAGCCUAGUGGUCUAGAUGCUAUUCCCCCUCCCUUCUCCCCCUCCCUGAGGCCUGCCCCUGUGUCUGUGUCUGUGUCUGUCCCCGUGUCUGUCCUGUCCCCCUCAGCCCCGUCAGUCCCCUGUCUGGCCACCCUACCUGCAGGACCGGUCAAGCCCAGGGUUUGCCUCCAGGACUUCAACUUCCUCAUGGUGCUGGGAAAAGGCAGCUUUGGAAAGGUACUGCUGGCUGAGGAGAGAGGAAGUGAGCGGCUGUUUGCGGUGAAGGUGUUAAAGAAGGAUGUGCUGUUCCAGGAUGAGGACACAGAGAGUGCCAUGGUGGAGAGGAGGGUUCUGGGACUGGCCAACCGCCCCCACUUCCUCACAGCACUCUACUCAGCCUUCCAGACAGAGGACCGUCUCUACUAUGUGAUGGAGUAUGUCAACGGAGGAGACCUCAUGUUUCACAUCCAGAUAGUUGGCAAGUUCAAAGAGCCUCACGCAGCGUUCUAUGCAGCAGAGAUAGCCAUAGGCCUCUUCUUCCUCCAUACUAAAGGAAUCAUCUACAGGGAUCUGAAGCUGGAUAAUGUGUUGCUGGACAGUGAGGGUCAUAUAAAGAUAGCUGAUUUCGGGAUGUGCAGGGAGGGCAUGUUUGAAGGUGACACUACACGUACCUUCUGUGGGACCCCAGACUACAUCGCACCAGAGAUUGUAGCCUACCAGUCCUAUGGUAAGGCAGUUGACUGGUGGUCGUAUGGGGUGCUGCUCUAUGAGAUGUUGGCUGGACAGCCUCCCUUUGAUGGUAUUGAUGAGGAGGAGUUAUUUCAGUCCAUCAUGGAGCAGAGUGUCUCCUAUCCCAAGAGUCUGUCCCGUGAGGCCGUCGCCAUCUGCAAGGGGCUCCUGACCAAGCACCCAGCGAAGCGACUGGGCGGAGGGGAGGAGGGGGAGAAAGAGAUACGGGAGCAUCACUUCUUCCGUUGGAUGGACUGGGACCGACUGGAGAGAAUGGAGAUACAGCCUCCCUUCAAACCCAGAACUGGUGGGAAGAAAGGGGAGAACUUUGACAAGUUCUUCACAGCGGCUCCGUCUGUGCUGACACCCUCUGACCCUGACGUUCUGGCGGCCAUUGACCAGGAAGACUUCCUGGGCUUCUCCUUCAUUAACCCUGAGCUCGCCCCCCCGACCCUCACUGCCAUCUGAGGGGGUGCAGCUCUCUGUAUUUUUAUCCUCUUCUCUUGGUCUGAAGGGAGCAGCUCUGUCUCUCUCUAUCCUCUCUGUCUAACAGUCUUUUUCUAAAGCAAAUUUCAAAACAGAGAAGAGAAGCACACAAUUUAAACACAAACAAUCAGUAUACACAUCCUAUAGAUAACUCUCCCUCUGUGCUAUACUCUAGAGCCUGAGAAAAUCUGUGUGAUACGGCGAUGGAUGGGCAGAUUAGUGGUACAAGUCAAAUAACACAUUUAGUUGAUGCAAUGCAUACAAAACAACAUUACUGUUAUUUAAAGAUGAUGCAGUUCAUUGCAAACAGAUACUGUAAGAUGACUGAAUCUGACUUAAAUCUGUAGUGGUUUUAAGGUAAAUGUAUUUUAUGACAUGAUAUCAUGCUAAUGUGGUAUCAAUAUCAGAUCUAUUACAUAGAAAUAGAGCUAGAGCUGUCUAUAUGCCAAAUGGAUAAUCUAUUACUUAUGAAAUUAAUUACCUCUGAUAUUAUGUAAAGCAGUAUUUCUUGUGUCAUGUAAUGUCAUAUUGUGUUCUAUUACAUUGUUCUAUUAUAUUAUUACCAAAAAAUUGCUCCUUGUUUUGUGUUUCCAAUUUAACUUCAAUCCAUUGAUCAUAUAAUUGUGAUAUAUAGCUAGAAACCUAGAAGAUGGGUAAGAAAUCAAAUCAAUCAUUAUAAUAUUACUGCUUGAAGAAAAGUUGCUCCUAAUCAGUGAUCUGGGAUCACAUUCCCCUACCUACCCCCAGUCCUAACUUUAACCGUUAGACCUGAGGUGAAUGGUAACCAUUCUUGAAAAUGAAACCAUCUAACCGUGUUCUGAGGUUAAGGGUUAUUUUAACUAACUGCAUGAUUACUUACUCUCCCAUCUCCAUCAACAAAUAAAAUAUUUUACACCAGAUAUGAGGACUACCAAGUCAACCAUCUGAUUGAUGUUUCCAUACUGCACAGCUAUGCCCUGUCAGCCGUACACGUUGUCAUCUCUCAUUAUAUUCCUAGAUCAGUUGCUAUAUUUCUUCAUUUUCUUGCUGAUUUGAGACUUUGACCUGGACCCAAAUUGAAAGUGAAAGCGCUAACUCCGGUCCAACUGAGCUAACUGACCCGGGUUGGCACUACAUCAGACACGUGACCUGAGACUACCCAGGAUAUCUGAGAUGAGGAGAGGACGGUUUUAUAAUGUGAUGUGGCAUUCAGUGGCCAUUUUGGUUGAGGUUCACCAACCAGUGACAGAGUAAAUACAUCUCAUAAGGUUUUGUUCCAUUUCUUGCUGAGACUAGCCAGAAUGUCUGAGAUAAAGGAGAAGACUGUUUUAACAUGCGAUGUGGACCUCAGUGGCCAUUUUGGCUGAGGUUCACCAACCAGUGACAGAGUGACGGAGUAACACAUCUCCGAAGGAAACAUAGUUAGGAGUUAGGAGUUAGGUAGCAUGGUUAGGACAUUUUCAGUAGAGUUGGGAUUCAGUGAGCUACAAUGCUUCUUAUUAAGCCCCAACUAAUAAUAUGCUUAUAUGCUAGCAUAUAACAAAUCAAAUCAAAUCCAAUUUUAUUUGUCACAUACACAUGGUUAGCAGAUGUUAAUGUGAGUGUAGCGAA